AUGUCGACCAACCACAGUGAACAAACCGAGCAUAGUAAUGGGGAGUCCGUAACCCAAUCUUCAACCCCUGCACUAGCACCUGCCCACGGUACAGUGGUGCCAGCUCCAAACAUCCCAAACAGACAUCAUGCAUUGAUGAUUGGCUUUGGCUUUCGCCUCUAUGCCGAAGUCAGAUCAGCCGACUUACCAGAAUUGCGGGAAGACUGUGUGGUUCUGCGCGUUCUCGCAACCCCCGUCUCACCUCUCGCCCAGGAGACGUUGGCCAUGUAUGCAAAAUUUGGCGUGGGACGCCCCGGCAGACAGCCCAUGCUCCCAGGCUCGAGUGCUAUUGCUCGAAUCGUCAAAGUCGCUAGUGAUGUGACAUCGUUGCACGUUGGCCAACUUGUCUUUUUGAUCCGGCCUUGA